AUGGGCCUUAAAAACCUCGCAGACGAAUAUUCCAAGCUUAUGGGUCGCAACCCCGAAGGCACCUACCUAUACACCCCUCAGAAAUUCGAAGCAUUCCACCCCGGAUCACUGGGAUAUUUCGACGAGAACGGAACAUGGAACAUGAUCACCGACCUUUGUCUUCCAGAACGCACCCAGACGGACGGUUUCAAGGACAUGAGCCACCCUCUCAAAUGGGAGAAGCCUGAAACAGCCGCGUGGAGAACAAGAUCUUCUGACGGCGAGACAGAGCAGAGUCUCGAUGCCAACGCCGAGAUCUCCGGGGCUCUGAGCUCAGCGCCAGUUGAUGUAGGUGGCAAAGCCAAAACCAAGAGAGGAUCAACCAUGAAGGCGGAACUUGUCACAGGAUCUGUGGUAAAGCAUGAGAGACUCAAGGCUCCUUUCAACUCGAUCAUUCAGUCAUGGAUUAAGAAUAACGCCAAGGAGCUCGUUCAAGGCAUUCACGGUGUGGAUGUCAGGAAGUAUGGUGUCUGGGCGAUCAGAGCUGUGUAUGUUACCCCAGAAUGUGCUAUCACUAUGGAUAGUGGCAAGAACUCGGAGAUCAGUCUGGGCGCUACUGUGGGAGCGACCGGCAUAGGCAAGCUGGGAACUGAGGGCUCAACGCUUGCAAAGUUCAAAAACGCGGGUUGGACUACAUACUCCGAAGAAGAGAGCGAACAAGGCUAUGUCGUAGCUUUCAGUGGAUCUAAAUUUGCCCUUCGGCCAUUCUCGGCUUUGAGAUCGAAUCCCCUCCACCAGAUUAUCAGCCUUCCCGGGGAGCACGGAAUCAAGACGAGACCGCUGCUGGACGAAGAUGGGAAUGUUGUGGGGUCCGAACGUGUUCGGAUUAUCUUGGACGAAGCCGGCCACCCUAUCGGCGAAGAGAAGAUUGAUGAGGAAGCCGAAAGAAAAGCGCAAGAAGAAAAAUUCGAAAAGGACCAAGAAGAAGCAGAGAGACAAGAGCUGGAAGACUAUAACUACAAUGAGUUCGACAUUGAGUGCGACCCACUCGGAACCAGUGAGCAAGAUCUCGAGGAGGAGAAACAAGCCGAAAAGCUGGCCAAAGAGGCCGAAAUAGCAGACUUCAAGAAGCACUGGGAGGAGAUUAAGCUCAUUCCCGACGAAAAGGAGCGGGAGAUGAAGCUUGGCUACUAUAAAGCGGCUUUCGGUAAAUACGUCGAGCAGAUGCGUGACCAGAUCAAUUCUCACCCCGACGAAGCUAAGCGGGGAGAGCAGAUGGCUACGUUCAAGGAGGAUGUGAAGGCCAGGAUGGAAAUUAUGCUGCAGUGA